GUCUCUGUCUCAGGAUCUUAGCUGACUCGUUUAUGAGUUUAGCGUUCUUCGGUUCUUGUCCUUCUUCGCCCACAACGAGCGUAUAACCGUUCGCCUUUACUCCUCAUUUCCUCUUCCCCAUCAGCAGAGCUCUGUUCGUAGUCCUCUCGAAGUUUCUGUUCAUAUCCAGGUGUGUUGCCUCUCUGCUUCUCUCCAUCACAUCCAUUAUGUUGAUUGCCGCGAAAUUGAGAGAUACAGAUGUGAAAUCCUAAUUUCUUUUAUGAUGAGGUGAAAAUUGAUGUUUGCUGCUGAAUCAUAAUAUGAAUAAGUUAUUGGAUUUUGGAAGGAAAGCCCUUUUCUAUGUGAGGGUUCUUUCUGGGUAUGAAGAACGUAAAAUCUGCAAUUAUAGAUUGCAGCUCGAGAAGCGUCUCCAACAGGCACAAGAAAGAAAGGCAGCUUUGAGAAAGAUCCCUGAGCAGGCUAUAUUAUCAGAGGUUCGCCGCAUGGUUGAGGAGAUGCAAACUUUAAACUGGAAGCUAGAGGAAACUGAGGCUGCUAUUGAAGAAUACUUUAAGCCGGUUGACAAGGAAGCUGAAAUUAUAAUGAAGAUGCAGCUUGAAGGGGAGGAGAAGACAAUGAAGGAGAUGAUGAAGGUUAUGCAAACACAAGCUUUGCUUGAAAGAGCUGAAGCAGAAAAAAGUGCAAAUUCACAUAAUGUGGACACAAACCAACAUAGCCAGGAGAUGGAUUCAUCUUCCUCCACCAAGCAACAUGCUCAGAUGGGAUGAUUCCAUGAAUUUGGGUGACUUGAAGUAUAAUUAGUUUUGUAAGAGUGUAUGUCUCUUCCCUUUGGCUAAAAUAUAUUUUGGAUAUGCUUUCUGAGAUCCGGGACAUUCAGCUGUUUGAAUAAUCAAACCAAUGACUCAUGAAAUUUAUAUGAAAAUUUUUAACAUGCGACAGU